ACCCCACCGGCCCUUCCGCUAGGUGAGUUGGGUAGAUUCUCUCCAGGAACGAAAGAAGGAAGUGGCUGAGGCCUCCCCACAAAGGACACCGGUGGUCCUCCCUGUGUUCUCCUACCCACAACGCACUCUCCCCCCCCCGACUUCUUAAGGAGGCGAGACUUGGUCCGACCCGCUGAGUGACGUCAUAUCAGAGCCCCGCCCCCAAGGGUCCCGGGCCCAAAGCGGCAGGGGCAGCCUGGGGGGUUUAGGUAGAGGCUAAGCGGCGGCGGCUGGACCCCCGAUAGGGCUGGAGACCAACGGGAGCCAGACCGGGCCAUGCCGAGGAAGAAGCCUUUCAGCGUGAAGCAGAAGAAGAAACAGCUGCAGGACAAGCGCGAGCGGAAGCGAGGGCUGCAGGAUGGAUUUCGCUCUAGCUCCAACAGCCGCAGCGGGAGCCGGGAGCGGAGGGAGGACCAGACUGACACCUCUGAUGGAGAAUCUGUGACCCAGCAAAUCCGUCGGCUCAACCAGCAGCCAACCCACCACGGCUCUGGCCAUCGCUAUGAUCCUAAUAGGUACCGGUUACACUUUGAAAGAGAGACCCGGGAAGAGGUGGAACGAAAAAAGAGGGCUGCUCGAGAACAAGUGCUAAAACCAGUUAAUGAGAAAUCUCUGGAGCUUGACAUUGGGGACAUCUACCGCCCAGGCUCAAACCUAGAUUUUCCCCGUCGUCCCCCUUGGAAUUAUGAGAUGUCCAGGGAACAGUUGAUGACCAGAGAGGAAAAGAGUUUCCAGGAGUAUCUGGGGAAGAUCCAUGGAUCCUACACCUCUGAGCAGCUCAGCUACUUUGAACACAACCUGGAGACUUGGCGACAGUUGUGGCGAGUACUAGAGAUGUCUGAUAUCGUCCUCCUCAUCACAGACAUACGGCAUCCAGUCAUCAACUUUCCCCCAGCCUUAUAUGAGUAUGUGACAGGGGAGCUGGGGCUGUCACUGAUACUAGUGCUGAACAAAGUAGACCUGGCUCCCCCAGCUCUCGUCAUAGCCUGGAAGUAUCACUUUCGUCUGCACUACCCCCGGCUCCACCUUGUUCUUUUUACAUCUUUCCCUCGAGACCCCCAAACCCCACAGGACCCAAAGACUGUCUUGAAGAAGCGUCGGAAGCAAGGAAGGGUCUGGACUCGUGCCCUGGGACCAGAACAGUUGCUGAGGGCUUGUGAGACCAUUACUGCAGGAAAAGUGGAUUUAAGCAGCUGGAGAGAAAAGAUGGACCGGGAUGCAGCUGGAGCAAGCCGGGAGGCUGGCUCAGGGGAUGAAGAAGAAGAUGAAGAGGGUUCAGCAGUACUGGUGGAGCAGCAAACAGACGUAGCUCUGGAACCAACUGGCCCAACCCGGGAGCAAUAUAAGGAUGGAGUUGUGACCAUUGGCUGUGUGGGUUUUCCUAAUGUGGGAAAGUCAUCCUUGAUCAAUGGGCUUGUAGGGCGGAAGGUAGUGAGCGUUUCCAGAACUCCUGGCCACACCCGUUACUUUCAGACAUAUUUCCUCACACCCACUGUUCGGCUCUGUGACUGCCCUGGUCUUAUCUUUCCUUCCUUGCUGCCCCGACAGCUACAGGUCCUGGCUGGGAUCUAUCCCAUUGCUCAGAUCCAGGAGCCCUACACAUCUGUGGGAUACCUGGCUUCCCGAAUACCUGUCCAGGCGCUGCUUCGGCUGAGGCAUCCUGAAGCUGAAGACUCAGGGCAUGAGCCCCCCUGGUGUGCGUGGGACAUCUGUGAAGCCUGGGCUGAGAAGCGUGGUUACAAGACAGCCAAAGCAGCUAGGAACGAUGUGUACAGAGCAGCCAAUAGCCUCCUGCGGCUGGCUGCUGAUGGACGGCUCAGCCUUUGUCUUCGUCCACCUGGCUACACUGAACAGCGAGCCUCCUGGGAGUCUCAUCCAGAAACCUUGGAGCUGGUGAUGUUGCAAGGGAGGGUGGGACUGUCUGGUGAGGAUGAGGAUGAGGAAGAAGAGCUGAGCAGUUCUGGGGAAGAGGAGGGAGAGGAGGACCGAGAUGCUGAUGAGGAGGGUGAGGGGGAUGAAGACACCCCUAUCCCUGCCCAGCCUUCAAACCUGGCAGGGCCAAACCCCUUUGCCCUACUGGGUGAGGAUGAAUGCUGAAUCUCCAAACUUUUUUUCUCCUUCCUAUCCAACAUCCUUGCUCUUGGACUGAUCUGGGGGUACCCCCUUUCCGUGUCCCCAACUGUGAAUAAAGAUAACCUGCUUUGUUAGCCCCCUUCCCAUCUGGACUAAAGCUGAGAUCGAAUUGUUAUCCUGGCAGUUGGAGGUCUCAUCCUAACCUUUACCCAAAGCCCACUUCCCUGAGGGGCACUGGUUAAUGAUAAUCCUUUGGAAAUAGGGCCUAAUACACCAAGUCCCUAUUCCCUUCUCUUUUGCUCCUUUUUUCUCCUACUGUCUUGUUAAUAAAGAGCAGACAUAGGGGGACAGUUCCUGCCAGUUAUAUCUGGUGUAAUCCCAGGCUCCUCAGUGUAGUACACAGUAAACCUCCAAACCCAGAUCUCUUCUAGGUGGAGAAGGGACAACAUGUUCAGGAGAAGCCUUAACAGAUCUAUCACAGGAUGUGUCCAUGUGAAGGAAACCAUUCCCUAGUCCCUGUGAUGAGGUCAGAGAUAGAGAGGUGUCCUACCUAGGUGAUCAACUCAAGUAGAAGGCUAGAUUCCUUCUGAGGAGCCCAUCUAGGCAGAUACCAAUAAGAAUGCUGCAUCCUCAGUCACUCAAGUUUUAAGAUUGAAAAAGAGUUUGUCCUCCCACAGUUCCUGCACAUUUCUUAGAACUUUCUCUGAGUGCAGAAAUAAAGUACUUUCAGAUCUUAAAAAGUACAAAAUGAUUAGGUGUUACUGUGAGAGGGUGAAUGGACAUGGUCCCCUCUGUGAGGUCAAACAUUUUAAAUGCUUUAAGUUGACAAUAAAUAGGAAAUAAUUUUGUUGCUAAAAUAUUUCUGAAAGCCCAAUAGGUAAACCCUCAUCUUUGAUGGCUAUCUGACAUAAAGAGGCCAGAAAGGGAAAGAAAG